AUGGCGCAAUACUUCUUCGAUCUCCUCUAUAACUUCACAGAUUGCAUGUGCUGCUUCCCCAGCACACCGCAACUGAAGAUCAACAACCGCAGUUUCAAGCUGCUGCGACUCUUGGGCGAGGGCGGUUUCUCCUACGUCUACCUCGUUCAAGAUAAAGCAACCUCCGAACUAUUUGCCCUCAAGAAGAUCCGCUGUCCUUUCGGUCAGGAGUCCGUGUCGCAAGCUCUGAAGGAAGUCGAAGCGUACACCCUGUUCACAUCCCAAGACAACAUCAUCCAUUCCAUCGAUCACAGUGUCUCAACGGAAUCGGGGUCGAAGUUCCGUUCCGAUGGCGGCGAUCCUGGAUCAAAGACCGUUUACAUUCUGCUUCCGUACUACCAACGCGGUAACCUUCAGGAUGCCAUCAACGCCAACUUGGUCAAUCACACUCGGUUCCCGGAGAAGCGCUUGAUGAUGCUCAUGCUUGGCGUUGCUAAUGCGCUUCAAGCCAUGCAUCAAUAUCGCGUCAAAAGUGGGACAUCAUCCACGCGCAAUGCAAAGGCCGUGCGGCGAGAGGGCGAGGAGGCGGACGCCGAGAGAACAAUGCAGAUGAAGCCCAAGCGGCGCGCGAGCCAUCGCGCGGAUGACGAGGACGAGGAGAACGAGCCAUUGAUGGAUGAUGAGGUUACUCGCAGUCAGGAGGGUGUUCAAGAUGGUGCCCUUCGCCCCUACGCGCACCGUGACAUCAAGCCUGGCAAUAUCAUGAUUGACGAUGACGGUCAGUCGCCCAUUCUGAUGGACCUCGGCUCCCUAGCCCCCAGUCCCAUUGCCAUUACCUCUCGUUCCCUGGCUCUGGCAGUGCAGGACACCGCUGCCGAGCACAGCACGAUGCCAUACCGAGCCCCAGAGCUCUUCGACGUGAAGACCGGGUCUAUCAUCGAUACCAAGGUCGACAUCUGGUCACUGGGCUGCACCCUCUAUGCCUGCCUGGUCGGCAAGAGCCCCUUCGAGGCUCGCAGUGACGAGACAGGCGGUAGUUUGAGCAUGUGUAUAUUGGGAGGAGACUGGCGUUUCCCCGACGAAAAGACCACCACGACUAAGGGCAAGGGUAAAGCCAGUGUCGACAAGGACGACGCAUCUAGCAGCAGCGGCAACUCGAUCAGCGCACCGGUCAAGGAGGUGGUCCGCAAGUGUCUCCAAGUCGAGCCUUCCGAACGACCCGACAUCGACGAGUUGAUCCAAAUCAUCAAGGAUACCAUCAAAGAGCUGCCGGAUGACGAUAACGUUGCCGGCCCAUCUCACUGA